AUCUCUCAGAUUACAGUAUUCAGAAUAUUUCUGUUGCUAGUAGUAUUAAGGAUGUAUUACUGUAUGUUCAUUAAUAUUGUUCUAACCUUGGUACUUUCAAAAACUUUGGCAGAGGACUCAAUAUGGCUGUUAAGAUCUCCAACAAUACCAUUAGAUUCUGACAAACCAAAGCUCAUGCCUUCUCUUGGAAAUGGAAACCUUGGUAUGAAUGUGUUUCUACCCUCAGUAAGGAAGCAAUGUUUGUACUCAGGUCAGGAUGGAUCAUCCCAUAGAACAAGAAUUCCUGGAAAUGCAAACCUUCGAGUUGUCAAUGUGGGAGACAUGCUCUUUACAUUAGAUAUGAAGCAAGGAAUAUUUGAAGUGUCCGGCAAUAAUGACAAAUUUACGGUAGAUCACAAAUUACUUGUUCACAGAAAAUACUCCAACUUGAUUUUAAACUCAAUAACAGUAACUCCAGUUGAACCUUCCAAUGAGAUCUUUGAAGCGGAAGUUGUUUACACAGAUGCUGUGGAUGACACUACAGAGGACAUUAAGAUUGAUUAUGACCCUAGAACACUGCAUCUAAGGGAAAAUCAACUUGGAUUGGAACUUGUUGAAUAUAUUUGUGGAAAAACUGAGAUUACUGAAGGAUCAUAUAAACAAGAAUCCAGUGUCUGUUAUGCAUGGACUCCAAUAUCAAACCUCCUCUUCUCUGGACAAGAGGCAAACUACACCAAGAAUUUCAUAACAGUAAUUUCUGAUUCUGAGGAAGGCCUACAGUCAGAAAUUGAAUUGAUAUUGGAUUUAUCUCUGAAAAGUCUGGUAGAAUCCCACAUAAACGCUUGGGAGAAUAUUUGGGCCAAGGGUAGUAUUCUAAUAGAUGGGGACACAGAGCUAGCACAGACUAUUUUAGCAAGUAUGUUUUACAUUUACUCUUCUUUACCAUUUUCAACCCCAAUGGAUAAAUUUUGUGGACUCAGUCCAGGUGGUCUUAGCUAUGGAGGAUUAAAUAUGGAUUAUCAGGGCCACAGUUUCUGGGAUACAGAGAUAUGGAUGUAUCCAUCUGUUCUUGCUCUUCAUCCUGAACAAGGUCUGGAACUUCUUAAAUAUAGAAUAGAUAGACUUGAGAGUGCUUUUAAGCAUGCAGCAUCAGGAGGUUUUAGAGGAGCAAGGUUUCCUUGGGAAAGUGCACUGACAGGAUCUGAGGUUUGCCCAGAUUUUGCUGCUGAAACAAGAGAUAAUCAAAUUCAUAUUUCUGCAGAUAUAAGCUUUGCGGCGAGACAAUAUUUAGCAGUGACUGGGGACCUGAGUAUGUUCAAUGACCUAGAAGAUUCAGCUAAUGGUUGUGAUUUUAUCAUGAAUAUUGCAGAGUUCUGGGCGUCAAGAAUUAGCAUUAAUGAAGAUGGAGUGUCUGAAAUACUUCAUGUAAUGGGCCCUGACGAGGACCAUGGAGAUGUGGAUAACAAUGCAUACACAAAUGUUGCUGCAGCUUAUGCAAUUUUUUUUGCAGAAUAUCUAGGUUGUGCCGCAAACUGCAGCUAUCAGAUUCCCUCUAAUUACAGUGAUAUGGCAUCAAGAUUAAAAAUGGAAUAUAAUAAGGAAGCAAACUUUCAUCCACAAUAUACUGGAUAUGUUUUGGGCACUGAGAUAAAACAAGCAGAUGCAAUCCUCCUUGGGUAUCCAUUCAUGUAUCCCAUGAACACCUCCACGAGGGUGAGGGAUCUAGAUGAGUAUGGUAAAGUAGUAAGGUCCAAUGGACCUGCAAUGACAUGGAGCAUGCAUUCUGUUGGACAUAUAGAAACCCGUAACUUUGGUGAAGCAGAGAAAUUCUUCAAUAAAAGUUAUCAAGCCUACGCCAGAGAGCCUUUCCUAGUUUGGACAGAACAACAGAAACCAGAUAUUGGAGCAGUCAAUUUCCUCACAGGGAUGGGUGGAUUUCUUCAGGCUGUCUUGUUUGGGUAUGCUGGACUGAGGAUAAGGUUGGAUAGGAUAGAGUUUACUCCCAACCUUCCAUCAAAUACAAGAAGUAUGGAUAUUGCUGGAAUUGAUUACUAUGGAGCUGAGUUUAAUCUGAUAAUAAAUGAAAAUAAAGUUAUCAUAGAUCUUAAAAGAGUUUCCAAAGAAUUGAAAGUGAAGCAAGGUUCUGAAACUGUUGAUGUGAGUACUCCAUCCUACCUUGAGCUAAGAGUUGAACCCUUCAUGAUUACACCAGGCAGUCGAGGAUAUUUGGAGAACUGUUCACUACCUAAGGAUAUUAUUGGCCUUUGAUGAAGUUUUCUAUAAUUUUGUACUUCUCUUAUAAAAAAAAUAAAUUAAUGCAAAAUAGA